AUGCUGUGCGCCGAAAUCGUGAGGAAUCGACCCGCGAAGUUCUUCGACCUGUGUCGUUUAGUUCCGCUGAGAUCCUGGUGCACUUCGAUUAUGCCGGAACUUGCUGAGAAACGUGAAGCUGAGUCGGGGGUCGUGGAAGUUACAGAAAAUCAGGCGAAGAAGCCGAAAUUGGAUGAGAAAGACAGGACCUAUCUCACCCAAGCGUCCGAAGCUAUAGUAAUGAAUAAUGCUCCCCAGGUGACAGCGGACGGUUCGGCGGAGACGAAAGCCACCGAACAGAAAUGGAAGUUAAAGAAAUUCGCAAUGUGCCUUACUUAUUGUGGUAAAGGCUAUUUGGGACUUCAGAAGAAUCCGGGUUUCAAGACGAUAGAGGGAGAUUUGCUCGAAGCAUGCGUGAAAGCCGGCGUCAUAACGCCGGAGAGCGCCGAAUACCCACAGGGCAUAUCCUUCCAGAGGGCUGCAAGAACUGACAAAGGUGUCUCUGCCGCCCGUCAAAUUCUCUCGCUGAAGCUGCCUACCACGAAAGAGCCACCCGAAGAAAUGGUCAGGAAGAUCAAUGAGCACCUGGUAGAUCAGAUUCGGGUCAUAGGACUCAAACGCGUAACUAAGAACUUCAAUUCGAAGAACAAUGCCGACGCGAGAACGUACCUCUACAUUUGCCCCACCUUUGCAUUCACACCACACGAUCAGGUUGUCAAUGAGAGUUAUCGGCUGCCAUCCGAAAGAGUGGAAGAGAUCAAUCGGCUCUUGAAGAUGUACAUCGGUUGCCAUAAUUUCCAUAAUUUCACGUCCGGCAAACUAUACACAGAAGCUUCUGCUAAGAGAGUCUUGUUCGAAGUGGACUGCAGUUCGCCGUUCAUGGUCGGCAAGCUUGAAUACGUCCAGUUCCGUCUGAAGGGACAGAGCUUUAUGCUUCACCAGAUCAGGAAAAUGGUCGGAACGAUUAUUGGCAUCAUGAGGGGAUACACGACAGAGGCUUUCAUCACGAGAGCCUUCGGCCCUGAGAAGUUGGACGUCCCGAAAGCCCCUCCCCUGGGCCUGAUGCUGGAUACUGUACACUAUACGCGGUACGACGACCGCUAUGGUGGCGACGGGUCUCACGAGACGAUAACUUGGGAAGAAUACCAGGAUGUGGUUCAUAACUUCAAGGUUAAGCACAUCCUGCCGAAUAUAUGGGAUACUGAGGAAAAUGGAGAGAGCAUGAUAGGGUGGCUCGCUGAUCUCGAUAUUUGUACCUUCGACUUGGCCCGGGUUCACGAGUCAGUCCCGAAGACUGUCCAGGACGCACCGGAGGACGAUGUCCACAGCGAUGACGAAUCAGAUGUCGAAGGACAUGCAGACACUGACGACAAGCUCCUCUGAAUAAUUGUCUAUGUGAGACAGACUGUUGGUAGUUUUCCGGUAGGGGAAUGGAGGCUCAUUCUCGUUCUCUUAUCGCGCAUACUCGACCUUGGAGUCACUGGACCCAUCCAGAGUAGGAGUGGCGGGAAAAUUUUCCCUCUUCGCAACGAGACCGUGACAGACGACUCGGAAUCUCGCGUCAAUGAUAAUAAAUGAGAGGAUCGGAGAUAGAUUCUCCAGC